AUGGAGAAACCCAAUAACAAACACGAGGCUGACCCGAUUUCCGGCGAGGAUUUGAUCUCGCCGGCGAAGAAGGCCAAGAAGUCAGAGGAGACCGGAUGUGAUACUAAAGAACAGAAGGUUUCCGGCGGAGAAGAAGCUAUAGCUGCUGUUGCUAAUAGAGCGGUGGAAGAAGAUACUCGUAGCUGUUUAAGUGAAGAGAAGAAGGGAUUUCUCGUUGAAGCUGAUGUUGCUGAAGACAAAGGAGGUAGACAAACAAUGGAAGAUGUUUGGGUGGUUUUGCCUGACGCUUCUUUGGAUUUUCCAGGGAAACUAAGGUGUGCUCAUUUUGCCAUUUAUGAUGGGCAUGGAGGUCGUUUAGCUGCAGAAUUUGCUAAGAAGCAUCUUCACCUUAACGUUCUUUCAGCUGGCUUACCACGUGAGUUGCUGGACAUCAAAGUUGCGAAAAAGGCCAUACUUGAAGGUUUCCGGAAAACAGAUGAGUUGCUCCUGCAAGAAAGUGUUUCAGGAGGAUGGCAAGAUGGCGCCACAGCAGUGUGUGUCUGGAUAGUUGAUCAAAAGGUUUUUGUUGCCAAUAUUGGUGAUACUAAGGCUGUUUUGGGACGAUCCUCUACUGCCAAUGAAUUGGGGAGUCAUACAGAAGCAUGCAAUCCACUCAAAGCAAUUCUUUUGACAAGGGAACACAAAGCUAUAUACCCACAGGAGCGUACUCGCAUUCAAAAGUCAGGUGGGGUUGUAAGCUCAAAUGGACGGUUACAAGGGCGUCUUGAGGUUUCUAGGGCUUUUGGUGAUCGUCAAUUCAAGAAGUUUGGUGUCACUGCAACUCCGGACAUUCAUGCAUUUGAAUUAACCGAGAGAGAAAACUUCAUUAUUCUUGGUUGUGAUGGAUUGUGGGAAGUGUUUGGGCCAAGUGAUGCAGUUGGGUUUGUUCAGAAACUCUUGAAGGAGGGCUUGCCUGUAAGCACAAUAAGUCGUCGUCUUGUAAAGGAAGCUGUGAAAGAACGUCGUUGCAAGGACAAUUGCACAGCGAUUGUGAUUGUCUUCAAACGUGGAUGA